AAACCUGGCCGCCGCCCAUCACGUGCCUCAUUGUUUCACCAUCAAUGCAGUCUGCGUCCGUUGUCAACUGCCAUCGCAUGCGUACCGUACAAAUCAUGAUUUCCUCACCCGCGAAACGCCUACUCACGGAAGAUGAGCGCAUUUCUAAGAUCGGUUCGGAAAUUCAAAGGAAUGAUGCUACUCCAUCCGACGUGACUGCGAGCAUACGCAAUGCGGCAAUGAGAGUCAGAAAGAGUGAGCUUUACUGUGGCAAGGUACAGCGCGUCGCUAAAGUAUAGUGACGCGUAUGUGCACGCGUAACGUAGAUGUAUUAGAGGGGUACCGUACACAGCCCUCAGCCCCAAGCACACCGAACAGCUCCCCAACGAAGUGUACCUCAACUUCUCGUGUAGAAGAGGAACCUUACCUAUGGCCAAAUGAUACGCUGCGACAAGUAUUUGCAUCUGCAACCUCCGGGAAAUAUACGCCUACGUCAUCUACCGCAAAGCGCAGACGCUCCGAGUCAAGCGAUGACAUUUCCUCGGACAGCGAAUCAUCAAAUGAUCAUAUGGAGGUCGAGAGGCCCAUGAAACCCUUGCGGAAGUCUGGAGGAACAUUGAUGGCUGCACCAGGUCUGCCUCAUGUACUAACUAGCCUUCCUGGCGGCGCGGAAAUGACUCGUGGUCAAAAGUGCCCCGUAGUGCAGGGACACGAUGCGCAUUCCAUUAUGGAUGUCGUCGGGUCAGCUUCCCGCAUUGCGCAGCGUUGAACUAUGUAGUGAUCUACGUUGUACGGCGAAUGACCUGCACCACCGGAGUGCUCCAUGACGAUCAAAGUCAGAUCUAUAUUUAUACAGGCGUUUUGCACGCCUUCUCGGUCGGU